CUUCUGGCGAUUGCCUUCCUCCAGAGACAUUUCCCUUCCACUCUUCCGCCCUUUCUGGUCUUAUUCUUGACCCCCCUUGAUUUUCACAAUGGAUAUGCCCGUGAACGUCCCCGUCGAUGAUCCCAACGCGGAUACAGAAUGGAACGACAUUCUUCGCAAACACGGCAUCAUCCCGGAAAAAGAACCGGACCCGGAACCCAUCAUCCAAGAAGCGCUGCUCGAGGCCGUGAAGAGGGCGCACGAGAACCGGCUGGAGGACAAGGACCUGGACGAGCUGGCCGCGCUCGAGGACGAGGAGGACGAGGCCUUCCUGGCGACGUACCGCCAGAAGCGGCUCGCGGAGAUGGCGCGCCUGCAGCAACGCGCGCUGUACGGGCAGGUGUUCCCGCUCCAGAAGCCGGACUACGCGCGCGACGUGACCGAGGAGUCGGCCCGGGCGUUUGUGUUGGUCAAUCUGACGUCGUCGCUCGGCACCAACGUCGAGUCGCGGGUGUUGUCCGAGCUCUGGAGGCAGGCGGCCCGCAAGUACGGGGACGUCAAGUUCUGCGAGAUGCGCGCGGACCUGUGCAUCGAGGGCUACCCCGAGAAGAACACGCCGACCAUUUUGGUCUACAAGGACGGCGAUAUCAAGCGCCAGAUCGUGACCCUGGCGCAGCUCAACGGCGUGAGAACGGGCCUGAGAGACCUGGAGCGACUUCUGGUUGAGGUCGGCGCGGUCACGGAGAACGACAUGCGACUUAGACGAAAGGAUGACGACGAAGACGAGAACAAAAACGGUCAAGAAAACGAGGACGAUGAUGAUUGGGAUUAAUAGAGUGAAUUUUUUUGGGGAUUGAUUGAUUUGCAGCCUUCAUCUCCAGCGAUGCUGUUGAGUAUAAACCAUGGCCAUGGGCUAAGGCGGGAUGGCUAUGUGGGCAUCUCUGUGGCAAUUCACGAAUGUGCUUCGUUGCAAAGGGCCAUCUGUUUGACAAUACCACUAUGGGUUGCCCAACAACUCCCAGAAGACGGCUGGCUCUGCACAACUUGCAGCAUUCAGCACCGCUACGCCCAUGAGGCUGGAAACCUCUUAUAGCGGUCUCGGUCAUCAAGGGCCAGGUCCGGUCAUGCCAAACGAUGUCACCCAAUGUGCCGGACGCCGGUGUCGCUGCUGUGGAUGACCAGUGUCAACUCAGGGAAGAUAUGCAGCCCUAACCAUGGAUCCCAGAUGCGGAGGAACUCAGAAAGGCGCAAUCGUUGCCUGACCAGCCAAUGAUUGAUAGUUUGUAUCCUGCAUGUACCCAGACAAGGGCGUCUUGACCACACAAGGCAACGUUCUGAUGUUUUUGAAGUUUUGGAGGCUCCCACAUCUAAGG